AUGCUGGCCAUGUUCUACCAGAUCAUUGUGGCCGGUGUCCUGUUCAACACCAGUGUGUGCUGGGCUGGGAGCCUCUACUCCAGGGACACAAAGAGACUCAAACUGACCCAGAAGGCCAGCUCUGAUGGGGUCCAUAAAUUACCCCAGCUUUGCUCCAACGAGUCUGUGCUGGGAGCCUCCUUUCACCCUAUGAAGGCUAACCUGAUUGUCACCUGUGGGAAGUCCCAACUCAACUUCUGGACCAUGGAGAGGAAUGUACUCACCAAGAGGCAGGGCCUGUUUGAGAAACAUGAGAAGCCCAAGUACGUGCUGUGCGUCGCCUUCGCCGAGAACGGAAACGCCAUCACCGGAGAUUCCAGCGGGAAUAUCUACAUCUGGGGGAAAGGUGGGAGCCGGAUCAGCCAGGUGGUGGGGGGGGCCCACGAGGGUGGGAUCUUCUCCCUCUGCGUGCUGAAGGACGGGACGCUGGUGUCGGGGGGAGGGAAGGACCGACGCGUGGUGCUGUGGGACCACAACUACCACAAGAAGAGCGAGCUUGAGGUGUCUGAGAUGUUCGGGCCGGUUCGCUGCCUGGCGGAGGGGAAGCAGGACGGGCUGUUUGUGGGGACCACCCGAAACGCCAUCCUGCAGGGCUCCUUCUCCGGGGAGCUCAGACCAGUCGUGCAGGGCCACACGGACGAGCUGUGGGGCCUGGACUCCCACCCCACCCUGGAGCAGUUUGUGACCUGCGGCCAGGACAAGCUCAUCCACCUGUGGGACUCCGCCUCUCACCAGCCCUUGUGGAGCAAGUACAUAGAGGAUCCUGCACGAUCUGCUGGUUUCCAUCCCAACGGAGCUGUUGUUGCUGUGGGAACCAUGACAGGAAGGUGGCUGGUGUUGGAUACCGACACCAGGGACCUGGUCUCGACGCACACUGACGGCAACAAGAUCAUCUCCAUCGUUAAAUACUCACCAGAUGGGGCCUACCUGGCAGUGGGAUCCCACGACAACUUUGUUUACAUCUAUGCUGUGACAGAGAAUGGCAGGAAGUGCAGCCGUGCCGGGAAAUGCACGGGCCACUCCAGUUUUGUGACCCACUUGGACUGGUCCGCCGACAGCCAGUACAUCGUCACCAACUCAGGAGACUACGAGAUCUUAUUCUGGGAAGCCGCGAGUGGCAAACACCUGACCAGUGCAGACACUGUGCGGAACCUGGAGUGGGCCACCUCCACCUGCGUGCUGAGCUUUAGUGUGUUUGGUAUCUGGCCAGAUGGUGCUGAUGGUACAGAUAUCAACGCCGUGUGCAGGUCACAUGACGCCAAGCUCCUGGUCUCUGCCGACGACUUUGGCAAAGUGCGCUUGUUCCCCAACCCCUGCUCACAGCCAAGGGCUCCAAGUCAUGUUUACAAAGGCCACAGCAGCCAUGUGACCAACGCUGCCUUUCUCCAUGACGACAGUCACCUGAUCUCUACCGGAGGGAAGGACAUGAGCAUCCUGCAGUGGUCGGUCGUCUAGGGAACUCUGCUGCACCUUCACUGGAGCCUCCUGUCCACUAGAGGGCAGGACUGCUGUGCCUACAACUGUCUUUACCCUGCUCUCCUACUCCUUGCUGUCUGAGUGUACUGUACUGUACUGUGCUGAGUAGCCACUAGAUGGGGCUCUGG